AUUCAGCACUUCACAUAAAAUCAGGGCUUUACUCCAAAUGCCCUCAAAGGCGGGCUUUUUUGGCCCGAUACAAUGUUGAGCCUUGAAGUCUAAAUCAGUUUAAAUGCUCUUGCCUCCAUUGUCCGGUGUCAACCAACCGUCAAAACAGUCCACAGAGCAAGAGAGCAGUGGUUGGAGUAUCAGGAGAACUAGGAGCAGUUUCGACAUCAACAAAAUCAGAAAAAGAACUCGAUAGUCUGCAAGCAACCUCCCAUUACCAGAUUUACCGACAAUUCACACAGAUGCAGCAUGGAGGAAAACUAGUGGUAAAGCUGGGUUAGGAAUUGUUGCAAGGGGAAGUGCAAAAACAGAAGAGUCGAGAAGUGUGCAAAUGCAGCAUUGGGGGAAGCACUCGCAAUCAGAGAAGCAAUGGUGAGAGCUAAAAGGGAAGAUCGUGAUACAGUCGGACUGUAAAGGCAUCAUAGACAGAAUCAAUGGAGGGAACUAUGAAGAUGCCAUUAUGGGGACGAUCCUGGAGGAUAUUGGAUUUGCCUAAAGAACAGUUUCUCUGAAUGUUAGUAGUACUUCACUUUCAUCAGAAGGCAAUGUAACUCUGUUAGUUGGCUAUAAACUUGAAACGUGACGUUUGCUGGAAGGACUCCAUUCAAGCAGCCCAGGAAGAUUGCAGGGCCGUUGUCUAUUCAUCAUAUUCAUAUUAUGGUUGGUUAUGUGAAAUAGUACAAUUUCUGUCGUUUGGGGAAAAAAAAAGAAUAACAUAAAAUCAAUUAGCCCAAUAAGCUUUGAACACGUAAUGCUCUGCCGCAUCCCCAGUGGUAAAAUAAAUCAUCAGCUAUGAAUAGUAGUAGUAAAUUCUAUGGAACUAAAAUCCCAGUAGUAAGAAUGUUAGUAGUAAUGAAGAAUCUCUUCACGAUUAGGGCUUUUCAUAAAAGCCUAAUCUCUCUCUCCUCAUCAACCCGCCAUUUCUGCUGCUCUUCUUCUUCAUCAGCUUCUACAUUCGCUAUUAAAAAUGUUACAAAAUCCAACUUUGAGUCCGCGCUCAACGACCUCCGGCUCUACGUUAAAGACGCCGACUUUGUCGCCGUCGAUUUGGAAAUGACCGGCGUCACCAGCGCUCCCUGGAGAGAGUCCUUCGAGCUCGACCGCUUUGAUAUUCAGUACCUCAAAGUUAAAGACUCCGCUGAGAAAUUCGCCGCUGUCCAGUUCGGCGUUUGCCCUUUUCGAUGGGAGCCGCACAGACAGUCCUUCGUUGCUCAUCCGCAUAACUUCUACAUAUUUCCGCGCCAAGAAAUUAAGGGGGAUGAUACAUCAUAUGAAUUUCUUUGCCAGACAACCUCUAUCAAUUUCUUGGCUAAAUACCAGUUUGAUUUCAAUUUGUGUAUACGUGAAGGAGUGUCUUAUUUAUCCAGAAGCCAAGAAAAGGAAGCAUUGGGGCGGUUAAAUGCGAGGUACAAGGACCGUCUACUUGAUUCUUCUUCAUGCUGGAGAGAAGGUGUAGACACUAAAUUAGUAAGAGUUGCUGACAUUCUGUUUUCUGAGAGACUCAAGAACAAAAUCGCUGAAUGGCAUGAUGGGUUGUUAGGAGAUAGAAAUGGAGCAUCACAAACUUGGAAGACAUCAAAUGAUUCCAAACAACAAUUAAAAACCAUUUUCUUCAAGAUGCGUCCAGCCCUUGAUCUCACUGGCUUUACAUCUCAUCAACUAAGGUUGAUUCAGUUGGUCGUAAAGAAUCAUUUUGAAGAUCUUGUAUAUGCCUGUGUGGCUGGUGAAAGUUCCUCACAGCAGUUAAUUGUCUACACAGAUUCAGCAAGUGGUAGGGACUUACUUAUGAAAGAAUUGAAGGAUUGCCUUUGCAAAGAAGCAGAAAUGAAGAUCAAAGCUGCUAUUGGAUUUCGACAUGUUAUUGAUCUCCUCUCUUCUGAAAAAAAGUUGAUUGUGGGUCACAAUAGCUUUCUCGAUAUUGCACAUAUAUACCGAAAAUUCAUUGGUCCUCUUCCUUCGACUGCCAAAGAGUAUGUUAUCUCUAUCCAGAAGUUCUUCCCCUACAUAGUAGAUACAAAGGUGCUGCUGAAUGCAAGCACUGUCUGUCAAAAAAUUUCGAAGAAGAGUAGCACUUCAUUAUCGAAAGCAUUUGCCUUACUAUGUCCACAAAUUGCUUCGGGUGUUAAAACCUCUGGUUUGGCUGAUAAACGACUUGUUAAAGUGGAGGUUCAAGUUGAUAAUAAGAGGUCCUUAAACUGGAACUCCGGAGCCAAGCAUGAAGCUGGAUAUGAUGCAUUUAUGACAGGUUGUGUUUUUGCCCAGGCAUGCAGUCACCUUGGUGUUGAUUUCACACUUAAUCCAUCAUCGGUAGAUUUGUCUCACCAUGAGAAGCUUCAGGAGUACAUCAAUCUUCUCUAUCUCAGCUGGAUUAAUGGAGAUAUCAUUGACCUAAAAACUGGGGAACGUAAGACGGACUCUAUUUGUUCUAAAGGCUUCAAAGCCCAUCACUCGAAGAUUUUGUUUUCAAACACAGUUCUGUUGUGGGGAUUUCCGGCUAAGCUCAAGGCAAGUGAGAUUAGAGAAUGUUUUUGUAAAGUUUUUGGUUCAUCUUCUAUUACCUUCAUCUACCACCUGGACAAAACUGCUGUCUUUAUCCAGUUCAGCAAAGAAGAACUGGUAUCAGAUUUUCUGGUAUUGAAGGAAACUUUAGAAAGAAGUAAUGAUCCAAUCUCAGUUUUGCAUCCCCUCUCAAAGGUAUUGCAAGGGGGACGCACUCGUGCUGCCAGUUAUGAGGUUUAUAAACAGAUAUGCAGUUCAACUAUUUCAAAAGUUUUCUUUGCAGAUCAGGCUGAGGCCGUUGGUAUUGAAUGGAACGCCAAAUUGUCAAAACCUGUUUUAGAGGUGGAAAGACAGGUUGACUUUGAGGCCAGUGAAAAUCAGCUUGACACUGAUGCUCGCAAUGAAACAGAGAUAGUCUCUGGGAUAGAUCCUCCACUUUAUAUGCAUAGCCCGACUGAUGAACUGGAUUCUUUGUGCCCCGCUGAAGCUCAGAUGAGCAAAUAAUGUAGGAAAAUCUUAUAUCUGUCCAAGAGGCCUCGUCUGAUGUCUUCUAAUUGAAUUGAUUGGGCUAUAAUCAAGAGAAAGUAUUCAUACUUCAUACGGAACGAUCUCCAUAUAGUUGAUGAAAUUGUUCGCUGAAUCAAUCAGUUAGAUGUAUAGUGUAAGUUGUUAGCUGGUUGAAUCAGUAGAUGUAUAGUAACCCUUGAAACAGACAGUCAAUUUUGUUUAGCUGGGGCCUGGGAGUAUAUCGAAUCAUCUCUUCAUGAUUUCCCUCCCUUUUCACUUAUUCUUAAUCUGCUGUAAUUUUUUCAACAGCCUGAAUCAGACUUUUGUUGUUUUAUAAA